AUGGACAAGGAGUUUAAGGCGAUGUUCCAGCAGCUGAUGGAGUCGCAGCAGAAGCUCAUCACCGAACUGGCCAUGUCCCGGACGGCACCACCGACGACGCCCGCGCCUGGUACGUCGACGACGGAUGCCCGUAUGGAAGCUCUAGCCAACUCCAUGACGGAGUUCCACUACGAUCCGGAAUCUAACCUCACAUUCGAGAACUGGUACGCCCGCCAUGAGGAUACCCUGAAGUGUGACGCUGCCGGUUUGGACGAUGCUGCCCGUGUUCGUCUCCUGCUUCGUAAGCUCAGCGACGCCACUCACGCAGAGUACAUGAACCACAUCCUGCCGAAGAUGACGAGCGAAACUGUGGACAACCUGACGAAGCUGUUCGGCGCUCACGUCUCUCUCUUCUCCAAGCGGUACCACUGCCUCACGCUGACCAAGAGGGCCUCGGUUGACUUCCAGUCGUACGCCGGGCAGGUGAACCGCUGCUGCGAGGAUUUCGGUGUGGCCCAGUGCAGCGUCGAUGCUUUCAAGUGCCUCAUAUUCGUGUGUGGCCUACACAACAAGCAGGACGCUGAGAUUCGCACAUCUCUGCUGGCGAAGCUGGAAGGAAACGCGAACAUGACCCUGGACAACCUCACUGCUGGAUGUCACCGCAUCAUCAAUCUCCGCAAAGAUGCGUCUAUUGUGGAGGUCUCAAGUGACAAAUCAUCGGUGAAUGCGAUCACCCACGGCCGUUCUGACAGCACACGACACUCAUCAGCUGAUCAGAAGCCCACUGCAACACGAUCGCGCUCCCCUCACAACUCCAACAACAACAAUCCACACAUUAGCAGCAGCUGA